CAGAGUGCAAGUCCUAUAAAAUUUACAGUGUAUAUACAUAUAAAAUAUAUAUGUAUUUAACCGCCCGCCUGCUGUCCCUCUUGGAGGACAGAGGACACAGAGAUAGCGGAAUAAGUUGGGCCGUUGGGCGUUAAAUACCGUAUCGUAUGUAAGUUUUAAUUAAUAUUAGUAUAGAGGCAUAAGAGUCUACAGUAUCAUUUGAUAUUCUACGAUUAUAAUAUUUAAUUGAUAUAUAAUAUCAAAUGAUUGGCUCUGCAAUUUCUGAAGGGAUUGCUAUCGUCAGCCCGUGAAAAGAUACUACCUACUAGCCCACAAGUUGGACGAAAAUUUCAGUCUCUAAUCAGGGGUUAAUAAGAUAACAAUACUCAACACACCUACUAUAUAUACAUAUUUGGUGGGUGAAAAAUGGCCACUAACGUGCCUGUCGAUUUGCAAUAUUUUUACGAGGAUGUUGUUUACCGUGUUGAUAAACGUGGUAAUAUUGAAUUUGGCAUCGUCAUGGAAAAUGAUGAUCAGGACAUGUCUGAAUCAAGUUCUGAUAGUGAAGAGAGUCCCAAGAGGAAGAAGGGUGAAAUACGCGUGGUAUGGCAUCCAUCCGGUGUCGAGGAGCUAGUCAAUUCUAAAAAGGUUUAUUUAGCUGAUAGAACACUGAUGCCCGGUGAUGUGGUGAGGAGAAUGAUAAAAGGAAAGGAUACUCAACGGGGUUAUUGUCGAGAUAUUGAAUUGACUGCUUGUGUGCAGGUUAUUGGAACAAAGCAAGUUCUUACAAAUAUAAAGAGUGAAGAUUUAACACCGCUAGAGGAAUUUGGAACUGACAUUGCUGUUUGUAUGGACUCUUGGGUUGGUGGAAUUCGGAUGGUUCAUUUUAAACUGUGGCUUGCAACACCCGAUGGUUCGCAAUGUGUUAUCAAUGAAAUGGAUGCACAGGGUUUAGCUAAUUUUGAGGAAAGACGAGACAGUGACAAUGAUUUUCCCCAUUCAUCGGAAUUUUAUCCUGGGCAGUGUCUUUGGGGGCCAAUUCAGUGUUUAGAAGAUGCUGAGUGGAUAGUAUGCACUAAAGAAAUGAUGGCUAAACGUAAAUCAAAACCUCAGAAAAAAACCAAAGUUAUUGUUCAACAAGUGGAAGCUGAUUGGGUAGGUGUGCAUUGGCAAUGUAGAGCUUAUUCAAAAGAUGGUGCCUGGUCACAUCAAAUGCAGCCAAAAUUUUUGGUUGAGGGUGAUGAUUUAAAAAAAUUGAAGCUACUCAAUGUAUUUGAGCCCUCGACACUGCAGGUCGGUGAUCGAGACUUUUAUUUAUUAAAAGGAAAUGAAAAUAUUAUAACACGUGAACAAUGGAGAAAGCAACAACGAGAGGUAUUUCAAGUUCCUAAACACAGUCCACGUAAAUCUCGCGUAAAAAUACCUGAAAACAAACAAAAAGAUUGUAAAGACAACGACUCGAAGGAAAAAUUGAAAAUAAAGGCUGAAUCAAAAGUGAAGACUACUACAACAACAAGUGAAGAAAACAAUAAAUUGAUGCUUCCUACAAGUUGCAUCGGAAAUGACAGUUCCGAUGACUGGGAUACUGAGGAUACAGCAUCACAGAGUGAUACGGCUUCCAUGUCAAGUGGUGGCUCUAGUAUGUCAUCAACGGGUAAGAAAAAAACAAAGGGGCCUGCUUUAAUGACCAAAGUAUUGAAGAAAAAAAAAUUGAUAAAGGCUAAGAAAAAAGUAGCACCAGCUCCAUUGAUAACUGGAUCGAAAAUUGUCGUUGAAACUCUAUCAACAAAUACAAGAGCCAAUGUUGUGUGGCAAGAUGGUUCAGUGGAACUUGGAAUACCCUCAACUCAGCUUUAUCCAAUUCAUCAUUUGGAUGAUAAAGAAUUCUUCCCUGGUGAUUUUGUUAUUGAUCAAAAAGAGGAAUCUAGAAUGUAUGGUGUAGUUCAGUCGGUUGAUCAUCAGGGAAGAACAGCGAAAAUAAAAUGGUUUCGCACAUAUACUUCCAGCCAAAGUCCACAGCCAACAUUUUUACAAGAGCGAGAAGUAUCAGUUUACGAUUUAAAAGAUCAUCCUGAUUUUCAGUACCGUCCCGGUACUCUAGUCAUUCGCAUUGCUAAUUUUGAGGGAGAAGACGCCGGCUGUACUGCUGGUCAGGUUUUGGAUAAUUAUCCAGAAGGUAGAGUUAAAGUUUGGUGGGUGGAUGGACAUGUGAGUAUGUGUUGGCCUCAGGAUCUAUACAAAGUUGGGGAAUAUGACAGUGAUGAAGGUGAAUUGUGGGAUGAAGUGUCGUCUGAUGCCUCUUGGGAAACCGAACUCGAAGACUGCUUCAUUGCUGAUAAUGAUGGAACUGAACAAACGGAAAAUAUUAAACCCAAAUUGGCAGCUCAUAUUGAAAAGGCCAGAAUUGCUAUGUCAAGAUUGGAAGAAAUUUUCACUCAAAAUCCAGCUCUACAAACAACUGAAGUUAUGAGAAAACUUCUUGAAGUGUACAAAGACUGCAGAUAUAUGGAUAAACUCAUGGGGACUUCAUUUUUUCAUGAAAGUAAUUUUCAAGGUCUUUUAGAGCGUGUAAGAGAGAGAGGACGUGCUAAUGUUGCUCAAAGAGUUGCUGAUCAAGUUAAUAGACUAUUUACACAUGAAUGUGGCAGUUCUUCUCUCGAAUCCAAUGCCAAUACCAAUUCUUGUCAAGAAAUAACACCAAUUGAAACUAAAGACGAGACAACACAUCCCGAGGACUCUGGUCUCUUUUCAGCUGAAAUAUCGAAAAAAGAAUCUGGCUCGAGCGAUUCCAGCGCCGGUGAAUUUCCACUAUCUGACGAUCCAAAUCUUAUUGAUCGUUCUACACCACCAAUACCACUCGCUGAUAAUAAUUCCGUAGCAGUAGAACAAAACAAGCUAGCCAGUGAAACAUUUAUAAAUUGUCAUGUUGCAAAUUCUCAUGUUUGUGUUAAACUUUGUACCCUUAUUAAAGCUCAACUUGUUCUUGCACAUGCAGAAGUCUCAAAGAGAUUUGGUCUAUCACGAAUGUCAUUAUCAGAUGCAACAAAAACAGGCUCACCACAGAAAAUAUCACCAGCGAUAAUAGAGAAUGAUGAAAAGCUCAUUAAUGAAGCAUCUGCUACUGCUGAUGCUGCUGCUGCUGCUGCUGCUACUGCUGUUGCUGCUACCGCUAUUGAAAUUCCUCAAUUAUUGGUUGAAAUGCCAAUACCACAUUAUACAGAGGGUGAAGGAUUUUCAGUUGAAGAAAGUGCACCAGAUAGUCACAAAUUUAAAUUAACAAUGUUCCAACCAACCGAUCCAGCUAAUUUCUUCAGAACUGUAUCGAAAGAAUUGAAAUUAUUAAGAGGCUCCCUUCCCCCAGGCAUAUGGGUCAAAGGAUUUGAAGAUAGAAUAGAUCUUUAUUCAGUCAUGUUUAGAGGACCUGAAAAGACACCUUACGAGGAUGGCUUAUUUUUAUUUGAUUUCCAAUUGUCUGCUGAUUAUCCAGCCGCACCUCCACUCUGUCAUUAUAUAUCAUAUUGCAGUGACAGAUUAAAUCCAAAUUUGUAUGAGGAUGGUAAAGUCUGUGUCAGUUUGUUGGGUACUUGGGCUGGACGGGGUACUGAAUUAUGGACAAGUUCAUCUACACUCCUUCAAGUUAUUGUCUCAAUUCAAGGCUUGAUUCUUGUCUCUGAGCCAUAUUUCAAUGAAGCUGGCUUUGAAAAACAAAGAGGCUCACAACAGGGCAGAGAAAAUUCAAGAAUGUACAAUGAAAUGGUUGUUUUGAAAUUGGUUCAGGCGCAAACUAAACUUUUGCAACAUCCACCAUCAGUCUUUAAAGAAGCCAUUGUCAAACACUUUGAGAAGCACGUUGAGAAAUUACUACACCGACUCGAUAUGUGGAUGGAAAUUUCCGAGCAUCAUAAUAAUCAACAUCCAUUGUCACCACUGACCCCGACAACAUUUAAAGACUUUUCACAAAUUGAUGAAAAAAUUCUGCCACAAUUUCCUCUAGUUCCAGCAUCUCGAGGUUUUUGUAUCACUCUCCGAAAAACAUUGGCCAUAUUCAAACAAGUCUUGGUCAAGGAGGGAAUCCUUCCGAAAAACAAUUCCGCCAAUACUCAUUCAAAAUCUCAAACAAUAGUAUCAACUUCUACACGCCAACAACAAUGUGUGGAAGAUAAGAGUAAUUAUUCACAAAGUCAUUUGAAUGAGACGAAAAAAGAACUUUCCGAGAGAAGUACAAGCUAGCCACUAGGUAAAUUCAAACGUUCAAUUCAUAAAAAUUACAUGACAAUUAGGUAAUGUAUAACUUGAGAAAUGAAGAUCUAUUGGAUUUAUUUACAUUAUAUUAAUAUUUAUUCACUUAUACGAUAAUCAAGUGAUGCCGUUGCUGCAAAUUCAAACAGAGUAGUCGAGCUUUAACAUGGACACGUUCAUAAAACUCCUUAUCCUUAUCCGAGGAAGACAAACUGAAGCAAUUAAUAAAUUGAUUGAAUAUAUUAUUAUACAACAAUUAAAAGAUACAGUGCUCAGGGUGCUAACAAUGUACUGACAAUUGCAUUUUGAUACGCUCGCGAUUGCGUAUCAGUGUAUGGUGGGUGGAGUGGGGUGUGGUGUGUGUAGCCAGCCAUCGUGUAGCAAUAGCGUAUUGCCAAAACUAUUAAAAUAAUCACUCAAUUAAGAUUGCUGAUAAGCAUAAAUCCUCAUAUAAAUAACAAUAAUUAUGCAAGCACUCUGUUAAUUAUUCAAUUUUCAUGCUGUGAAUUAUAAAUUGCGCUUUUCAUUAAAUUAUUGGAUUAACUAAUACACAAUAAACGUCUUACAUAAAUAUUUUGGGUGAGACAAAGAGGCUAGAGAAUUGACAUGAUGUAUUAAAUUUUCAAUAAAUAGACAAUUCACAUAUAGAUAGAUUAAAGCUAUAUACAAAUUAGACUCAACACGACAUUAAACCGAAGUCAUUACACGCCAUCCAAUACUGAUUAGAAAUUAUAUAAUAGUAUUAAACAGAAGAAACAGAAGAAAUUUGAACAAGUUGUUCGUUGGAGAGAAAAAAGAAAAUAGUAUAAGCUAUUUCAAGCCGAGUUUUCGCGAGUGUAUAGGCAUUAGUUAUACUAGAUGAAAUGAUAAAUUCAUAUUUCAACACGCGAGUAUACGUAAAUAUAUUUCUUGUAAAAAAAAAAAAAAUUAUACAAAAAAUUGAAGAGUUAUUUGAAAAGAAUAUUCAGUGAUGAAAGGCUUUGUAAAAAUGUAUUUCCAGAUAUUAAAACACAUUUGGUAGAAUGACUAAGAGUGGGGAUUAUUGUAGUUUUUAGGCUUUUAAAAAGGAUGGAGAUAGUGUUUAAAGAGCUGUUACUUGAGUAUUACUUGAACAUUACUUUUUAGCUAUAUUGCAUUUAAUUUCAUUUCAUUUCUUCACCACAAAAAAAUCUAUCCACGGAAUUUGACAACUUUUUCAUCAUGAAAAAUGUAUGUGAAUUCAUUAUUUAUGUAUUUUCUUUAUAGAGAAGCGAGAAAAUGUUUAAUUUUCAUUUAAUCAUAAAAAUAAUUCUUUUUCUUUCGUCAAAUUUGUCAUUAAACGAUGAGAAAAAUGAGUGGAUAUUGAUUGACUGAUGUAAUGACAAGAAAUUGCUCAUUUUCAUUGGAUAAUUAUUUCUUUUCCGAUGACGGAAUGUAAUACAAGAAAUGAUAAAAAUGGACAAAAAAUUAAUGCCUGUAUGCCUUGUAUGUGUGCCAGCUGUUUAUAGUCAAAGCAUCAAAAACAUCAUCGUAUAGAAGAGUUAUAUUUGGUUAUUGUAUGCUUUUUUUGCAUUUGGAAAAUUUUGAUUACUCUUUGAAAUGUCAGAUGGAAAUAUACAACAGUGAGAGGUGGUCGCACUAGCUUUAAUUAUAGGGCGCAAUAAUUGAGGCCCUAUAAUUGACAAUUGUGGUGAAAUGAUGACUUAUCAUUCUUCUCAUUUUCAUUUUGUCCAACUCAAAUUUUUUCCGACCUCAAUAAAAUAUUGUGUUCAAUGAUA